AUGACAUCCAAUAAUAAUAGCUAUAUAAACUACAAACCAUCUCAUUAUAAUACAUUUGAAUCAUCAAAUUUAAUUGAAGAUAACUUUACAUUAGAUUAUGUUAAACCACAGGAACUUGAUGAAUUGAUAAAUGAAGAUAAUUUAUUAAAUGUCCUUCAACCUGAAGGUUUGAAUGAAAUAAACAAUAUUGUUGAUUCAAUUAAAAAUGAUGAAUUAAAUAUGUAUUCAAAUAAAAAUUAUAUAGAAAUUCCUUAUUUUUCUAAUACAACAAAUGUUAAUGAUUAUAAUAAUUUUCAUAUUCAAAAUGAAUAUCUUCAAAAUAAUCAAUUUUCAGAAGGACAAACAUACCAAUCAAUGAAAAAUACAGAUAAUUUAAUAAAUAAAUAUGACUAUUCAUUUGACAUGCCUUAUCAAAAUACAAGUUUUUAUAUUAAUAAGAAUAGUCAAUUUAUUCCAAAAAAUACAUUUGAAUGUAUGUCAAACAAUAUGAAGGUAGCACCAUUACAAGAAAAUAAGUUUGACUUUUACCCAGAAAGAAAAUUUAAUUAUCAUAAUGGUGAUGUUUCUCCAUCUCAAGUUAACAAUAAUUUAUCACCUAUAUCAUUUACCAGUUUUUCUUCUGAAUCAUUUGACCAACAAAAUAUAGAAUAUAAUAGUGUUAACUCAUCACCAAUAUCAAAUGAAAGUUUAUUUCAUAGUACUUUUACUACACCACCAUUGUCAAAAAAUAUUUAUACAACAACAAAUUCAUUUGAAAAUUUAGAAACAGUUAAAAAUGGUUUUAAUAAUCAAAUUACUAAUGAUUUUAAAAAUAUAAAUUAUACAGAUAACACAAAAUCUCAAUCAUUUAAUAAUGACAUCAUCUCUGAGGAUGAUUUUGAUGAAAAAAUUGAAGAAUUAAUUAGAGAAGCCCCAAAAAAAUCAACAACAUUUAAAAAUCAAAAAAAUAAUAAAAGAAAAAAGAGGAAUGAUUUGUAUACGGAGGAUUAUAAUGAUUUUACAGAAGAUAUCACUAUGAGUAACGAUUAUGAAGAAAGGGUAAAUAAUUUUAAUGUUGAUGAGAUAACCUUUGAUAGGACAAUGAGCUUAAAAGAUAGAAAAGAAAAUGAAAAAGAUUAUGAUAAUGUGAUAAAAAAACCUAAAACAGAACGGAGAAAGGCUCAUAAUUUGAUAGAAAAAAAAUAUAGAUGUUCAAUUAAUGUUCAAAUUAAUCAACUUAAAGAGAUUGUUGCAAAAAAAGAUGAAAAAUUAAGUAAAUCAGCAACAUUAAAAAAGGCUGUUGAUAAAUUAAAUUCUUUAAUGGAUGAGAAUGAACAACUUUAUUAUCAAAUAGAUAAAUUAAAACAAGGAUUAAAAAGUGUUUAUGAAGUUAAUUUGAAAUUACGAUCAAAUCAAAAUGAAAAAAAUUCAUCAUUAAAAAGUCCAUCUAAUAGUGAUUAUUUUUCUGGAAGUGAUACAGCAUCCCCACCAAUAAAAAAUAUCCAAUAUCGAAAAAAUUUUAAUGUUAGAAAUCAACAAUAUUCUGGUAGUACAUUUAUUGAUAAACUUGGUAUACCAAUACCAGAUGUUUCAUUAAAAAAAACAAAAAGUCAGAUGAAAAAAGUUAUGGAUAAUAAAUCUAGAGUUACAUUAUGUAUUUUUAUGUUUUGUAUGCUAAUUUUUAAUCCAAUAUCAAUAUUUUCAUUUAAAACAUACUCAAAUCAAUCUUCAAAUAUUAGAACAUCAUAUUUUCAAAAUAGUAAUAAUUUAACAACUAAAAAUAUAUUAUCUUUUUCUCAUAGAAUUUUAAAUGAAAUAAAUAAUCAAACAGCAAUUAAGAGUGCACAUGUUGCUGCAAUGGUUAAUGAAACAGCAAAUAAGGCAAGACAUUGGUAUCAAAAUACAAUUAUGGAAAAUACUUAUAUAUGGGGAAUGAAUGCUAUAAUAAUAAUUAGUAUUUUAUAUAAAUUAUUAGUAUCAGGUGAACCAGUAACAGAUUAUAAUUCACCAUCAUGGGAAACUUUUAUAAAAUUAAAAAAAAGUGCAUCAACAGCUAUAAGUAAAGAUAUGCUUGGUAGACCAAUUCCAAAAAGAGGUUUUGAUGAAUUAUUAACUGUAUUUUGGCAAAUAAUACGCCAUCUUCUUAAUAGUGUUUGGGUUGGAAGAUAUUUUUCAAGAAGAAAACGUUCACCAACACAACUUAGUGAUGCUGUUUGUAAAAGUCAUGCUGCCACUGCAUUAGUCUAUCAUCAAUUACAUCAAUUACAUUUAAUUAUGGAAGAUUCUAAUAGUAGUAAUAAUUUAAGAGGUUUAAAUUUAGUAUUAAAUGCUGUAAAUUUAUCAGAAAGUGCUGGUAUCUCAAAUGAUAAAUUAACACAUGCACAAAGAGCAGAUAUUUAUAUUAAUGCCUCGAUCAGAGUUCGCCUAUCAUUUCCAAGUUAUAUUGGUAAUUUAAUUGGAAAAUAUUUUAUGAGACGAGCCAAAAGACAUGUCCGUAAAGCAGCAUUUAAAAAUGAAAAAUUUUUAGCUUUAAAUUGGGUUUUUACUUCUCAUGGAAAAAAAUUUUUAAGUGAUAUUGCAAAUGUACAUGAAAUGAUUAAAAAUAUUAAAGUUAAUAGUAAUAUUAAAACAUAUUUUUGUAGAAAAUAUACAAAUGAAGAGAUGAAACCUUUAAAUCAUUUAACAAUAUUAUUUAAAGCAGAUUUAAUUGAACAAUUGAUAGAUAAAUAUCAGACAAAUAAAAAAACAAGUUCAUGUUCCAAUUCAUUUAAUGUAUCAGAAACAAUUCAAUUAUUACUUUCAAUAGGUUCCUGUCCUUAUGAUUAUAAUAAUAUUAAUACAAAUUUAGUAGAUUGUACAGAUGCUAGUCUUCUAGAUUGGAAUAUAGUAUUAGAUAAUUAUGAAUUUUCUGAUGAAAUAACAUCAUGGUGGACUCAUCUUUUAAGUGCUGCUUUAUAUUGGAAUAUGGGACUUAAAAUGAAAGCACAAACACAUUAUGCUGUUGUUAUAAAAGUACCAAAAGAAAUUAAAGAAUGUGGUUUUACUUUUGCUACAAUAUUAGCAUUUUGUACUAAAAAAAUGGCUAUUGAUGAUUCAUUUAAUUCUAAAUAUUCAACAACUACUAUAUAUUAUUGUAUGAAAGGUAUAGAUUAUAUUAAUGAUGAAAUUAAAAAAGGAAUUAUACAUACAUUUACUGAUGAUGUAUUUCAAAGAAUAUUUCAUAAGACAAAAUUUUUAACAAUAGAAUGGUAUUUAUCAUGUUUAUUAGAAGUUUGGUAUUCAAAAUUAAAUUUAAAUUUUUCAUUUUGGCAACAACCUCAAAAAAAUAAUACUUUAAUUAAUGUAUAUAAAACAUUAUUAAAAAUGUAUACAUAUUUUAUAAAAAAUUAUUCUAUAGAUAAUAGUUUAACUAUGAAGAAUGAAUUUUAUAAUUUUUGUUAUAAUAUAAUGAUAACAAAUACUCAAGAAUCAAUUGCAUCAAAUUAUAGUAUAUUUAUGGAUAAAUUUAGAUUAUUUUAUAAUCAACAAUCAAUUACACAUUUACCCUCAUUAUUACAUUUUCUUAAAUAUUUUGUUACCCAGGAAAAAGUUCACCUUGCAAGCUUCCUACAAUACCAUACAAAUGUUCAUUUUAAAAUUAUAAAAAAAUUAAAAGAUGAGUUAAAAUAUAUUUCAUUUAAUAGUGAUGAAUCAUUUUAUGAAAAAAAGAAUUUUUAA